GCGGGGCGGGGCAGUCAGCUGACGCCGCUGUCUCUUUGACCGGCGGGCUGAGGGAGCGCCCGUGCUGCAGCCGCUUCCUGCCAGCUGCCGCUCGUCAUGCUGCUGCUUCUACUGCUGCGGCUCCUGCUCCCGCUGGCCGGCCUGGCAGCGAUCCCCCGGGUUCAGGCUUCGUUGACCCAAGGCAUCCCUUCAUAACCACACUAUUGCCUACUGGAGACUUCUGCAGAACAGAAGGGAACAGUCAGGAAGCAAAGAUGAUCUCCUUCAAGCAACUGCCUCUAGAAGCAAAGGCUGCAGUAGCUGCAGGAGUGGUUUUCUUCUCCAUGAUGCUAUCGCGGAGUUACCUGGCAGAGCAACUCGAGCUCAGGACUCGGCGUUGGCUUCUAAGGCUGCAGAUGGCACUCUUUGCUAAUGCACUCAUGUUGAUAGGAUCUCUUCAUGUUUGGAGAAGCACAGUCACCACGUUCUCCAGGUCUUCAGCUGCCAGCUCCUUCUUUUUCACGCCAUGGAAAAUAGCUGUGUUCAUGUUUCUAGCUUUGGCUCAUUCAAGCUUCUUUACGUUGCUGUUUCUUGUUGCAGAAGAGCCCUAUUUCUUUUCUUUAGCUGCCUAUACUUGCCUGGGGGCCUAUAUCAUUCUUAUAUUCUUUCUCUUCACUCUAGGCUCUGUAGAGCAGGCUUACAAGUUCUUUGCUGGGAGAGGAGCUAAGGCAGGUACUGGAAACAAGAACAGAACAGCAAUGAAACCAGUUUUGGCAGUCGCGCUGACUGUUGUGCUGACUGUCGUUGGGCUGUUAAAUGCUUCCCAGCCUCCUACUGUGAAGUCAGUGGAGAUUCCAGUUCACAAGUUGCCCUCAGCUAUGAAUAAUCUGAGAGUGGUGCUGCUUUCAGAUAUCCACCUGGGGCCCACGGUUGGGAAGACCAAGCUUGCCAUGAUUGUGAGAAUGGUUAAGGCUUUGAAACCAGAUAUCACUGUGAUUGUGGGGGACCUGACUGACUCAGAGGCAGCAAUCAUACGACCUGCUGUUGAGCCUCUUGGAGAACUUAACUCCCCUUUGGGGACUUACUUUGUUACAGGGAACCAUGAGUACUACACAUCAGAUGUUAGCAACUGGUUUGAGCUGUUAAAAUCCUUUAACAUUCAGCCACUUCACAAUGAGAAUGUGAAGAUUAUUUCACCAGGGAGCACGGAUGACUGGUUCUGCCUGGCUGGUGUUGAUGAUAUUGAGGCAGAUGUACUGCGCUACUCAGGGCACGGUAUGGAUUUAAAAAAAGCACUUACAGGUUGUAGCAGUGACCAUGCAAUAGUGCUGUUAGCUCAUCAGCCUAUUGCUGCAAAGUGGGCCCUUCAGGAGAGACCAGACAUAAAUUUAAUUCUCUCUGGCCACACUCAUGGAGGGCAGAUGUUCCCGCUACAUGCUGGAGCUUACUUUCUGAAUCCCUUCUUUGUUGGCUUGUACAAAGUUGGGCAGAACACAUUUGUUUAUGUCAGUCCAGGGACGAUGUACUUUGGAAUACCCAUGAGGCUGGGCAGCAGAGCUGAAAUAACAGAGAUAAUUCUACGUUCUCCUUGAGGAGUUUUCCAUUUGACAGACUUCUGUCAUCUUUUUUGGUCAGUAUUAUUGGCUCUUCUGCUCUGAAAGCAAAUCCUUAUUCGAGGAAGCCUAUGUUAGGGUGGACUCCAGCAGGUUCUGUUAAGUUUGAUGAAAAAACCCCACUAAAUGUAUCUUAGGCCUCUGUAGCAAAUCACGGGGGCAUGUUAAAAUACCGAGCAAAUUAAUUCUUUGGGUUCAUUAUUACUGAGAUUCUGAAUUUAAAGAUAACACAGAUUUCAUGGAGAUAAUGCGUGUUGUGUGCAUGUUCAGUUUUAUCUGUGUCUAAGCAGCUAUUUCAUGUUCCACUGUUCAUUAUCCACUGAGCAGCUGCCUUAUCAUAUCUCAGACAGGUGAAAUUCUUAUGUAUUAUAGUGAAAUCACUUGUAAAUGUUUUCCGGAAGAGACUACAGUGUCCUGCUGAGUAUGUAAACAGUAGAAGCCUUCUGCUAGAAAUGUUGCAGGAAAGGAAUAGUUGUUUGGUUUUGGUUUUUUGUUUUUUUUUUUUCCACUGAGACUGGAUAUCUUUAUCCUGCUAUCUUCUCUGCAGUGUGCACGAGGACAUUUUUUGCCAGUUAAAAAGCUGAGGAGACUGAGAUACCAAAGGGUGAAAGUAGCUAUUUUUCUGCAAGCGUUUUCACCAGAAUAACUGGGCAUCUAGUAAUUACUUACUGAAAAUAGCUCUAACAAAAGCAAAUGAAAAAGAAAACUUGUAAUUAUUUUAACUUCUCUUGCUGUCUGAGCAUACAGUACCUGCUGAUGUAAAGCACAAAAUCCAAAGUUGAAAUACUCAGUCUCUUAUCUUGAUGCUAUGUUUGUUUGCUUGUGUUAUGAGGGGUUAUUUUGAUGUUUAUGCUUGAUUUAUCUUCUGUGAUUUUUCACUUACUAGAAUAAGAAGAUGCUAUUUGAAAACAAUGCAGAUAGGUUAAUUCUUAAUUUUUAUUUCAAGUUUUAAAGUAAAUGGUGUCCUUUUUAAGAAGACGAAACUCUGCAGCAGGUGACUUUCCUCAGUAGCAUUUGCAGAUCUAUGGCCUGGUUUUAUGACAGGCACGUGACAGGGUACUUGCUGCAGGAUGAGGGAUGGAGAAUUUUUCUCUGCCUUUCUUAGAAGGGCUUAACACAGGUUAAUAUAAUUUUGGGAAUUUUGAUACAUUAGAAAAUAUUAAUCCAUUCUUGCAUCCAUAUCUUUGUGUUCAUCUAAGAAAGCCAGGAUGUAAAUUAACGUGGGUAUAUUGUCCAGGCCAAUGAAAGAAUUUACUUCUGUACAUCUGCUCUUCUCCUCUUCCACCUCAGUGUUGCUGUAUGAAAUAUAAAGAAUGAAUAUAAAGUAUGAAUUCUGCCUCUGAGCCUGAGGUCUCCAGCUGUAGUCAGAGGGUCUCCCUUGCUCUGCCUUUCCUCCUCUCUGGGAGACCUGUGUAGCACAGGGCAAAAGAGAUUGCUGCUUACACAGGAGGCUGAGGGUGGCAUGACCAGAACUAUAAUGUUCAGUCUUUUCCUGUCUUCCUUUAUGACCCUCGAUCAGCCACACCUGUGUUUUAUUCUGCAGCUCCUGAUCUUGUUUUGCAGGAGGGGUGUGGAGAUGUGCUUGAAAGGCUUUGAAAAGUUAGAGAUUUCUGUUAGUGAAAUUUUGAAGUUUCCCUUUAUUCCCUUUCUUCAGCACAAACCCAUCCCAGGCAGUUCUUAACUGCUAAGCUGUUUUUUUGUAUCCUAUUCCUCUGUACAAACAUCUUGCAUUUUUACUCAUAGGAAUAUUGAGAAAUACUAUAAAUGUGUCAUGUGCACUGGAAGGUUGGUGGUAGAGCUGGAAAUGUCAGUUCCCCUUUUAGUCUGAAAACCAAACACCUGACCAGCCAGUCUCUUCACUUGCCAGACUGGGUCAUUUCUAUUUCCCAGCACCUAUAAUUUUGUAAACUUUUUUCUUGUCUGCAAUAGUAUGUACUUAUGCAUCCUAAAGUUUCCAUGUAUCACUGCCCACUGCUUGCCUGGGGUCCAUCUGAGGUUCUUCCCAUUGGUAGCCCAGUGUCAUAUGGUCUUGCGUAGAGAGAAUCUUGACAGCCUUCAUAGCCUCUGUUUAGAUAUCAGUUUGACUUCAGCUAAAAGCUGUGUUAUGGGUUUAGUAGGGCAGAGUAUUCCCUCUAGGCCAGUGGACCAGAAGAAGGGCAGCUUUUCAUUUAUUACCCUGAGGGUUACUACUGUGUUAAGACUAGUUGUUGAGUAAGUUUCCAUGUUUCCUUACUGGGAGAGUUUUGUGGAACUUGUUUUAAAUAGUGUUAGUUUCCCAAUGUGUUGCUAGUUUUCCCUCCCCCCUCCUUUCUAUUCUCAUUCCAUCUAAAUGUGUGCUGAAACCUAUCUUGAGUGAUCCUUCCAUCCCAGGGGUUCAGAUAACUUCUUGAUUAAUUUGUAUGUGCCCCGCUUUGUGUGAACUUUUAGGAACAGCUACAAGCCUUUUAGGAGUGGUCAUAUUAUAAUUUCAUGAAUUUUUUGUUCUCCUGAUGUAAUUUAAUUCUUGGUAUGUUUUUUUGGUGUUGUUUUUUUUUAAUUAUUUC